CUCAACUUUCUAUUUCGCACAAUGUUUCACAUCCUUGAUAAUGCUGCGGUCAUCUCAAUGCCGUCGGGGGUGAUUCUGGCCCCAAUCGCUAUAACAGUUCUCUCAUUUUGUUUCGCGUACGCUCUGAGAGAAGGGACUGUCGGCAACAUUGUAAUAUCUUACUUUUUGAAUAACUACCUCCGCUGGCGCUACCCUAUCAACUCCACCGAUGGAUCUAUUGCCCUUCCGAGUGCGGUUUACAAGUUCCCCAAUGGACAAGGGAAUAUCGCAAAGUUUUUGGAUGGAGAGGAAGAGUCGCGAAGAUGGCAGGAGCAGCUAGGGCCAAUUUAUCGGAUAUGGGCUGGAUUCCAGUCGGAGGUUGUAUUAACACGGCCAGAUCAAGUACAAGCCGUAUUCAAAGACUCCCAUCAGCACUUGAAAGGCAAAUCCAUAAACUCUAGCUAG